AUGCUACCGUCGUACGUAUGUAGCUAUGCUGCCGAUUUCCACUGUACACAAGCACUUUUCCUAGAUAUAGGUUACAUGCACAUGGUCUUUGCAUAUUAUGUGAUUGUAAUUACCGUACUGAUUCGGACAACGUCUUCUUCUGUUGGGGACUCUUCUUCUUACUAUCGAAGCUGUACUGAUAACUGUCGCGAUGCUCACUCUUGUCCACAACGGUUCGACUCCUGUUCGUGGACAAGUGGAUCAUGUUUUCGCUGCCGUUAUGAAUGCAUGUGGAAGACCGUGGAUCUGUUCAUGGAACAUCGCGGAUUCGCGCCACAGUUCCAUGGAAAAUGGCCUUUUGUAGCUGUGGAGCUUCCUUUCCUAGGAAUGUUUGAUAUCGUUAUUCAGGAACCUGCAUCUUUCGUGUUCUCCUUGAUGAAUUUUUAUUCUCUAUGGUUGUUCUAUCAACAGGUAAAAUUGAUAGACCAGCUUGAGAGUCGAGAGGCGUGGAGAAUUUACACCUUCACCGGAUUAGUAACAUGGAUAUGCUCGGCUUUGUUCCACGCCCGAGAUUGUUGGGUUACCGAGUACCUCGAUUAUUUUUCUGCGUUUGCUUUCAUACUUUCUGCGUCGUACGUCUCAUUCUGUUUCACCCAAUCAUGGUUUAUUGGAAUCACAAGCCGAUCUAGAUUAUCCACUCUCUACGGCUCUUUUUUGCUCUUAUGGUUUACAAGGCAUGUUUAUCAUAUGACGCAGCACUUCGACUACGGGUACAACAUGCGUUGCUGCAUAGGCGUUUCACUGCUAACUACUGCUAUGUAUCUACUUUAUAUCACUUUUCGAUGGAAGCGUUUCAGUCGACUAUCGCGUUCCGAUCGCAUGUUGAUAGGCCUUAUAAUCUGGACCAAUGGAUCCGUACUACUUGAAACACUCGAUUUCGCACCAAUUUUUUGGAUUUUUGACCCUCAUUCAUUGUUUCACGCUGCAACUAUGCCAUUACCUCUGUAUCUCAGUGUUUUUCUCCGUGAAUAUGUGUCAGAAAAUAGGUAUCGACUCGACAAAGAUGUGUAG